AUGGGACGGUCAUCAACCCCCGAGGUCAGACCUAACCCAAAAGUCCUUGCACUCACUCCUGAACAAGGAUGGAAAGAAGCCGGCGAGCCACUCCAUGCUGGCAUUGACACAGAUGGUCCCUGGGGGGUUGGACCAGGAAUAGCAUUUGCCCAUGAGAUCCUAGCAAAUGGUUCAGGAUCUGGACUCAUAGGUCUAGUACCUUGUGCAAGAAGUAACAGUCAUACAGUUAAUUGGGAAAGUGGAACGUAUUUCUAUAAAGAGAUGGUAAUACGAGCAAAAGAGUCAUUGCAGGAACGAGGUAGGAUUCGAGCACUUCUACGGUUCAAGAACAGUAUAGAGAAGUUCUUUGCGGAUUUGCGUGAUCACUUGAAUAUGCCAUCACUAUUAAUAAUACAGAUGGCAUUGGCAUCAGGAGAAGGCAAAUUUACAGAAGAUAUUCGAAAUAAUCAACUAGCAAUUAGCUUACCCAAUGUUAAGUUGGUUGAUGCCAAAGGAUUGAAUCUUAAAAAAGAUAAACUCGGCCUUACUGCAGAUUCUCAAGUUCAACCUGGUAAGAAGUUGGCUCAUUUUUUUCUUGCUUGA